CACAGCGGGCGGCCUGACGACCGCGCUUGCCCGGAUCCGGACUGUCAAUGCCUCACUGAAACAAUUAACCACAUUUUGUGGGGCUGCAGAAAAGCGGAGGCCGCGUGGAUGACGUGGAUCAACAAGUGGAUGGGAUACACGACCCAACCACCGCAAAUAGCAGAACUUCCAAUGGAGAUUUUGUGGCGAAUCUGGUCAACUGUGACACCAGCGCUACUAUGGAGGCUUCGCAAUGACGCAGUCUUCAAGGAGAAAAUGACCAACGAAAGAGAGACCAGGGCGGCCGUCAAGACUGCAGGAGCCUACCAAGUACGAGCGAUUGCUUACGCGUGGAAACAGCAACCGGCAAAGCGAAUUCAAGGCUUCUGUCUUGAAAUUUGC